CACGCUACAAUUUUGGAAUUCUACAGGAUGAAACACAUCAAUCAUAAUUACUAAUAACUACGAUAAACAUCAAGUUACAGAGAAAAAAAAGAUGUCGCUUCUCCUCCAUGCCCAGCACACCACGUCGACCGCAAUAAGAACAAGCUUCCUUGACGAUGGCACGUCAAAUUUCAACUUCCAGAAGCACGAAGACCCGAGCAUUUACGAGAGACUUGCCAAAAUUCCAGUUGCAAGGAGAGACAUCGGAACGGCCAUGCAACCACGAAUUUUCUGUAAUGGUGAAGGUGUGCCACGGUUUGGGAUAAGGUUGGAAGAUGUCGAAGUGGAAGCAGAAGCAGAUGCUUCUGGAAAUGUAAAUAGCUAUAGCACUGCUGGUGUUAAUAAUAUCAAUCAGGAAUGGCGCCUAGUGGAUCUGCUGCAGGGAACACCCAGUACGACUGGUGACGAUCCAGUGCCGAAUUACCUUCAUUUACCCGACUAUCCUCUUGACCACAGUGAAGAUCACGUUUUGAGCUUUGCAGGCUUCAGGCCUGGAACUGGCUUUUCUCGUGCUCAUAGUGGUAGGAAAAUAGAGGUAGUAGGCUUAGAACCGGCUGCGGGUGGAGAGGAGGGGGGAAGCUACGCGAAGCGCACGACGGAAGUAAAGCUCCUGAAGAAGAUGGACGACGUUGCAGUACCGCAAGCGCGUGUUGCAAGUAAUAGCUCGACGACUAGUGCUGGGCAGAAGAAGAAGCCUGCUCCGUCUUCCAAGAGCAAGUGGAUGAUGAAGAUGGCUGAGAAGAUUAAGACGACGAAGAAAGGGAACGAACUAGCUGGUCCUGCUGCGAAAUAUGCGAGUUCUGCUCGUCUAGAUCUUGAAGGAUCUUCGACUUCUAUGUUAAGUUCGCCAUCGACUGCGUCAUCUUUCAAAGAAAAAGGAAAAGCAAAAGUAGAACAGCCACCCUCCAAGGAGCAACCCAAAGCCAAAGGAACACAACCCUCUCAUCCUGGAACAAACCAGUCGACUGGUCAGAAACUCAAGAAUCUGAUGAUCCGACCAAAACAAGUAGAGUCCGAAACUACGCACUUCGUCAAAUCCUACGAUCAAACGUUUGAUCCGAGCAAAGUACGACCCCUAGUCAUAAAGGUCGAAGGCGAAUCACCUGGAUUUUGGUCAAGAUACACAGAAAGCAAUUGUAAAAUUGGAGAUGGUCGUGGAGCUGAUGAUGAUGACGACAGUGGUUCAUCUGGCGCAGGUGGAGGUCAACUACAAGAGGAUGAUUCACAAGAACUAGCGCAAGGAGCCAAAAGUAAAUCCACAAUUCUUAAUCAUCAUGUGAAUAAAGCCUACCCUUUUCGGUGUUACAAUGUGACAACACUAUCACCCGCAGCUGAAAAUGCUAAACACUUUCUUUUUUAACCAAAAGAGCAAAAAAGGAGAGAAAUUAAAGACCUUCAGUGAAAGGCACUGCAAACACCUCCUGCUAGGCAUGU